UGACCUAAUUACCCUGUAUAGAACGCCCACAAGCAGUCGGCAAAAUGGGAGACACAAACUUGUCCGCGGUGCUUUAUGCAGAAGAUGACAUGCGUUUGGAAGAAUUCCCAGUGAAGGAUCCAGGCCCAGGAGAGGUCCAGAUUUCUAUGCACUCCACUGGAAUCUGUGGCUCUGAUGUCCACUAUUGGAAACAUGGCCGGAUUGGGGAUUUUGUUCUGACCACACCCAUGGUGUUGGGCCAUGAAUCUUCAGGCACAGUUUGCAAAGUUGGGUCUGGGGUCACCAGUUUAAAAGUCGGUGACAGAGUAGCCAUUGAGCCUGGAGUCCCGUGUCGUGUGUGUAAUUAUUGCAAGACUGGUCGCUAUAAUCUCUGCCGUGAAAUGCAGUUUUGUGCCACACCUCCUUAUCACGGCACUCUAACAAGAUUGUACACACAUCCAGCUGACUUCUGUUUUAAACUGCCAGAUAAUGUGAGUUACGAAGAAGGAGCCUUGCUAGAGCCUUUGUCUGUGGGAGUCCAUGCUUGCAGGAGAGCUGGAGUAUCACUGGGGAGUAAAGUCUUCAUUUGUGGAGCAGGUCCCAUUGGACUGGUGAACAUGUUGACAGCAAAAGCAAUGGGUGCCUCCAAAGUCUGCAUUUCAGACAUAUCUGAAGGAAGGUUAGGUGUUGCCAAGACAAUGGGUGCAGAUUCUAUAGUCCUAGUGAACACCAAAGAUGCCAAAGCUGUGGCAAAACAGGUGGAGACAGCUCUCGGAGAAAUGCCAGAUAUAACCAUUGAAUGCAGUGGAGCAGAAUCAAGUAUCCAGACAGGAAUAUAUGCAACCAAGGCUGGUGGAGUUUUGAUGCUGGUGGGUCUUGGUCCAGCGGAGAUCAAACUUCCUGUGGUCAACGCUGCCUGCAGAGAAGUGGACAUAAGGGGACUGUUCAGAUAUGCCAAUUGCUACCCAGCAGCUUUAGAGAUGAUUGCCUCUGGUGCAGUGGAUGUAAAGCCUCUGAUCACCCAUCACUUCACUCUGGAGGAGUCCUUAGAGGCCUUUGAGACAUCAAGAACUGGUGCAGGAGGAGCUAUCAAAGUCAUGAUAAAAUGUGCCAAGCAGUAGGGGAAAGUUUUUUUUUUUUUUUUUUUUUUGUCAGUUUAGUUUUUCUAUGCUGUCAUUCAUUUUCAAAUGGAGGUGGGUUUAUAUUGGUAGCUAAAUUUUUAUUACUGAGAAUGUAAGACAAUAUGGCCUUUGAGCACAAAGGACAAAUCAAAUUAAUGUCGUAGUCCAUUGAAAGAUCAUAAUGAUUUUAUGAUUUAACUCAUAUACAGGAUGUUAUUACAGGCUCAUUCCAGAUUCUAUAUUCAAUUGUGUAUGUGCCAGUUUUGUUUAAAUGUUUCCAAACACAACUGAUGUUUUGUUAUAUACAUGUGAUAAAUAUGGGUUAAUGGAACAUGGGGGUUAUAUAGGAAUCGAUUGACUCCAUAUAUGAUUUAAACUAAUGUGACUAGAUCUAGAAUGCAUAUCAAUGAUUAUACAUAACUUUGAGAUAUUUAAAGGAACAAAAAUUUAAUGUCUGUUAAGAGAAAUGUUGUCUGGUGUCUUUCAAAUGCAUAGAUGUCAAAAAGAGCAUCAUCCAUACACAGUUUGUCAAGUGUAGCCUGAACUUGCUCAAAUAUAUAGAACAAUAUACUAGUUAUGUUAAUGUGUAACAGGCCUAACUUACAUUUUAUUACAUCACACUGUUACACACACUAAUAUGAAACAUUCAUUUUUGGAUGGGAGAUAUUAUCAUUGCAACUUGCCCAGCAUAUAUGUGUUUUCCUUUAAAUUAAAAAACAUAAACAAGGACAGGUGAAGGAAGGAGGGGUGUGUAGGUUAUAUAUAUAUAUAAUACAUAUGUAAUAAUCACUAUGUUAAAUGAUUAAAUGAAGUAUUGGGAAUCCUAAUUGAUGCCAAAUGAAAUUGCUAGUGGAAAGUAUCCAUUUUUAAAAAUGUUGUGUAUCUGUCUGUCAAGAAACUACACAUGGAUGUGAUGCACAAGCCUUUAUAUAACAUUAACAGUUUUUGAACAAUGAAAAGAUUGUAGAGAAUUGUUUACUUGCCAGAGGGUACUGUACAUGCACAUGGCAAGUUAAAACUGUAUUUUGUGGUGGUGAUGCAAACAAAAAAUAAAAUACUAUUUUCCAAUGAAAUUUGUCAGCUUUUCAUAAAAAUAAGAUAUA